CACACAGAAGAUAAUCUGUAUUCCUGCACUGACUGUGGGAAGAGUUUCACAACAUCACAGGCUCUGACAGUUCAUCGGCGAGUGCACACUGGAGAAAAACCUUACUCCUGCUCUGACUGUGGGGAGAGUUUCUCUCAACAGAGCAGCUUAAAAACCCACCAACGUAUACACACAGGAGAGAAGCCUUACUCCUGCUCUGACUGUGGGAAGAGUUUCUCUGUAUCAAGCAACUUAAAAACACACCUAAAAAUACAUACAGGAGAGAAGCCUUACAUCUGCUCUGACUGUGGGGCGAGUUUCUCUCAACAGAGCCACUUACAAACACACCAACAUAUACAUACAGGAGAGAAGCAUUACUUCUGCUCUGACUGUGGAAAAUGCUUCACAACAUCAGCUGAGCUAAGAGUUCAUCAGAGAACACACACAGGAGAGAAGCCUUACUGCUGCUCUGACUGUGGGAAGAGUUUCUCUCAACAGGUCCACUUAAAAUGUCACCAGCGAAUACACACAGGAGAAAAGCCUUACUCCUGCUCUGACUGUGGUAAGAGUUUCACCCGAUUGGACAUAUUAAAAUGUCACCAGCGAAUACAUACAGGAGAUAAGCCUUACUCCUGCUCUGACUGUGGGAAAAGUUUCUCCCAACAGGGCAACUUAAAAAUACACCAACGUAUACAUAAAGGAGAGAAGCCUUACUCCUGCUCUGACUGUGGGAAGUGCUUCACAACAUCAACUGAGCUAAAAUCUCAUCAGAGAACACACACAGGAGAGAAGCCUUACUACUGCUCUGACUGUGGGAAGAGUUUCUCCCGAUUGGCUACCUUAAAAACACAUCAAUGUAUACAUAAAGGAGAAAAGCCUCAAUAGUGCUCUCAGACCAGCUAAGAUUAAAGUCACUCUAUUACUUAAUUAUCAUGUCUAUUUUAAUCCUAUUGUUUCUCACUGUGAGGGAACUGUGCAGAGGAAAGGGAGCGUUAUAGAAUGUCAUUGGAAAUUAUCUUUCUCAAUAAUUUUUUACUACAAAACAUAGAAACGUGACAUUUUCACAUAUGUUGAUGUUGGAGUGAUGCUGGAGAUUAUGAAUAUUAAGUUGAAACGUUUAGAAAUGUCCCUUUAAGGCAACAACAAAAGGAGGGUGGUUGGUCAGGAUGGAUAGGUCUGCAUAUAACAUGAAAGUCUAAUAAGCAACUUUUCAAUUACACUACAUUGCCAAAAGUAUGUGGACACAUUUUUGUCGAACAUCUCAUUCCAAAAUCAUGGCCAUUAAUAUGGAGUUGGUCC